AAGACUCCCGGCGCCCACGUCCACGUCCCGGCCCGACCAUGGCGCCCCCGCGGAACGUGGUGAAGAUCGCCGUCCAGAUGAGGGACGCCAUCCCGCAACUCAUCAAGCUGGACCAGGCUAAGCCCUUGGCCACAGUGCUGAAGGAGCUGUGUGACGCGUGGAGCCUUGAUCAUCCAGAGUGCUAUGCCCUGCAGUUUGCGGAUGGGCACGGGAGAUACAUCACUGAAAACAAUCGCUGGGAGAUCAAGAAUGGCAGCAUCUUGUGCCUCAGCACUGCCCCAGACCUGGAGGCUGAGCAGCUGCUGGGUGCCCUGCAAGGCGGGAGCCCUGAGAGGCGCCUGCAUGCCCUGCAACACCUCGCCUCGCUGGCCUCAGACAUGACCUUUGCCCAGGAGGUUAUCAGCCGUGAUGGGCUUCAGAGACUCGGCAGCAUCAUCGAGGAUGGGGUGGACCGUGGGCAGGUGUUGGCCCUGGCACUGCAGGCCUUCUUGGAGCUCAUGGAGCAUGGGAUGGUGUCCUGGGAGAUACUCAGCACCCGCAUUGUGAAGAAGGUGGUGAACUAUGUGAACUUGAACCUGAUGAAUGCAUCUGUGCAGCCACUGGCUCUCAGGAUGCUGGAGAGUGUGACCUUGAGCAGCCCUGCCCUGGGCCAACUGGUCAAGAGUGAAGUGCCACUGGAGAGGCUGCUGGUGCACCUCCAGGUGAUGAACCAGCAACUGCAAACAAAAGCCAUGGCUUUGCUGACAGCCUUGCUGCAGGGGGCCAGCCCUGCUGAGCGGAAGCACAUGCUUGACUUCCUGUGGGAGAGAAACCUUCGACAGUUCAUUUAUAAGAACAUCAUCCACAGUGCCACUCCGCUGGGCGAUGAAAUGGCUCACCACCUGUACGUGCUGCAGGCCCUCACACUGGGCCUGCUGGAGCCACGUAUGCGGACACCAUUGGAUCCCUAUAACCAGGAGCAACGGGAGCAGCUGCAGGCUCUGCGCCAGGCUGCCUUUGAAAGUGAUGGGGAAUCCCUGGUUAGUGGGCUGAGUGUCGACCGUCGCCGAUCCCUCUGUGCUCGGGAGUUCCGCAAACUGGGCUUCACCAAUAGCAACCCCGCGCAGGACCUAGAACGUGUGCCGCCCGGACUGCUGGCCCUGGACAACAUGCUGUACUUCUCCAAGCAAGCACCCAGUGCCUAUAGCCGGUUUGUGUUAGAGAACAGUAGCCGGGAGGACAAGCACGAGUGUCCGUUUGCCCGGAGCAGCAUCCAGCUGACCGUGCUUCUGUGCGAGCUGCUCCAUGUUGGGGAGCCCUGUUCCGAAACGGCUCAGGACUUCUCGCCCAUGUUCUUUGGCCAAGAUCACAGUUUCCAUGAGCUUUUCUGUGUGAGCAUCCAGCUGCUGAAUAAGACCUGGAAGGAGAUGAGGGCCACACAGGAGGACUUCAGCAAGGUCAUGCAAGUAGUACGGGAACAACUGGCCCGCACACUAGCCCUGAAGCCCAGCUCCCUGGAGCUUUUCCGAACUAAGGUGAACGCGCUGACCUACAGCGAGGUGCUGCGGCUGCGGCAGACAGAGCGGCUCCAUCAGGAAGGCACACUGGCCCCGCCUAUCCUGGAGCUGCGGGAGAAGCUGAAACCAGAGCUCCUGGGCCUGAUCCGACAGCAGCGUCUGCUCCGCCUUUGCGAGGGGACCCUCUUCCGCAAGAUCAGCAGCCGACGGCGUCAGGAUAAACUGUGGUUCUGCUGCCUGGCCCCAAACCACAAGGUGUUGCAGUACGGGGACGUGGAGGACGGUGCUGGCCCGCCGGCCCCUGAGAACCUGCCCGAGCAGCUCCCAGUGGCCGAACUCAGGGCACUUCUGAUGGGCAAGGACUGCCCCCACGUUCGGGAGAAGGGCUCAAUGAAGCAGAACAAGGACCUCUGUGAACUGGCGUUCUCAGUUAGCUAUGACCAUGGGGAGGAGGAAGCGUACCUCAACUUCAUUGCUCCGACCAAACGAGAGUUCCACCUGUGGACAGAUGGACUGAGUGCCCUGCUGGGCUGUCCCAUGAGCAGUGAGCAGACCCGGCAGGACCUGGAGCAGCUGCUUGCCAUGGAGACCAAGCUGCGACUGCUGGAGCUGGAGAACGUGCCCAUCCCUGAUCAGCCACCCCCUGUGCCCCCUCCACCCACCAAUUUCAACUUCUGCUAUGACUGUAGUGUUGCUGAACCUUGACAGUAUACUGGCCCGUGUUCUGGUGUUUCACCCCCACUGUGUGUAGGAGGGGGUUGGCAGGGGUGAGGCAUGGACCUGUUCAACAGAAAUAAAGGGCACUGUCUUA